AUGGCGCCCACCUACCGCAUCGCCAUGGUCUGCGACUUCUUCUUCCCCCAACCCGGCGGCAUCGAAUCGCACAUCUACCAACUCUCGACGAAACUCAUCGACCGCGGCCACAAAGUAAUCAUCAUCACGCACGCCUACGAAGGGCGAACAGGUGUGCGGUACCUGACCAACGGACUCAAAGUCUACCACGUGCCGUUCCUCGUCAUCUACCGAAGCGCCACCUUUCCGACCGUGUUCUCCUUCUUUCCGAUUUUCCGGAAUAUCGUGUUGAGGGAACGGAUCGAUAUCGUGCAUGGCCAUGCUUCACUGAGUAGCUUGUGCCAUGAGGCGAUUCUGCAUGCGAGGACGAUGGGGCUGAGGACCGUGUUUACGGAUCAUAGUCUGUUUGGGUUUGCGGAUGCGGCGAGUAUUCUCACGAAUAAGUUACUCAAAAACACCGUCCUCCGCGCCUCCCUCGACCCGCUAAUGGUCUCCGUAAUCCCCAACGCCGUCGUCGCCGAGAACUUUCGUCCCCUCGGCUACCCAACCUCUUCACCCCCAAGCAGCAUCUCCUCCCCCGUCCCCGGUGGCCUGCCUCCCAACCCAUCCUCCCUCACGCCCCCCCGCCGCAUCCUAGGUCCCCAUGACCCCAUAACAAUAGUCGUCAUCAGCCGGCUCUUCUACAACAAAGGCACCGACCUGCUCACGGCCGCCAUCCCGCGCAUCCUAGCCGCGCACCCCAAUACCCGCUUCAUCAUCGCCGGUUCCGGCCCCAAAGCCAUCGACCUCGAACAAAUGAUUGAGCAAAACGUGUUACAAGACCGCGUAGAAAUGCUCGGUCCCGUCCGCCAUUCUGAAGUGCGCGACGUCAUGGUGCGAGGCCACAUCUACCUGCACCCAUCCCUAACCGAGGCCUUUGGCACCGUCAUCGUGGAAGCCGCCAGCUGCGGAUUAUACGUCGUGUGUACACAAGUAGGCGGUAUCCCCGAGGUUUUACCGUCGCACAUGACUGUCUUCGCCAAGCCCGAAGAGGACGACCUCGUCGCAGCCACGGGGAAAGCUAUUGCUGCGUUACGCAGAAACGAAGUUAGGACGGAGCUGUUUCACGAGCAAGUGAAGAAUAUGUAUAGCUGGACGAAUGUCGCGGAACGGACGGAGCGGGUGUAUAAUGGGAUUAGUGGUGCGAUAAGUGAGGCGGAGUUUUAUGGUCUCAAUACCAGCCAAAACCGCAACGGGACGGGAAUAACUUCCACAACCACAGCAACAGCAUCGACAGCAGCAAAAGGCGUCCAAAGUUUCGCCCUCAUCGACCGCCUCAAACGAUACUACGGGUGUGGCGUCUGGGCCGGGAAAUUAUUUUGUGUAUUGGUGAUUAUCGAUUACUUGAUCUUCUUGUUUUUGGAGCUGGUGUUUCCUAGAGAAAGGAUUGAUAUCUGUCCGGAUUGGCCGCGGAAGGAUAGGAAGAAGCUGAUGAUGAUGAUGGGAACGGGUGGUGGUAGUGAUGGUAAUAAUGCGAGGGGGGGGAGGAGGGCGGAGGGAGGGGGGUUGGAGUGGGGGGAUGUGGAGGAUUAUAGGAGACGGUCGAGGCCGUCGAGGUUGAGGUGA